UAUUAUCACAUUAUGGUAACAUGUAAAAUCAACUGCUGAGUGCAAAAUAGACAUUUUCAGCACUCUCAUUAACUUCCUUAUUGGUUUUGUGUGUGCCAGACAAAAGUGCAGCCAUGGACAUCGGUGGUUUGGAGACAGUGGUGGCAAAUUCUGCCUAUGUUUCAGCCCGUGGCAGCGUGGAUGGAAAUGCAGCAUCAGCCAUGCGUGACAAGAAGAUGCAUGCCAGGCUGAAACUCCCACACCUGAGAGAUUGUGAACACAUGAAGGCAACUGUAGACACAACCUUUGACAGCAUGUGUGUCCAGCAGCCCAUUGGCAAGCGUCUGUUCCAACAGUUUCUGGAGAGCGAUGCAACCUACAAAAAUGCAGGAGAGCUAUGGAAGGACAUUGAAGACUACACCGUAUGCCAAGAGAAGGACAGAGUGCAGAAGGCCCAAAAAAUAGUCAAUAAGUACUAUGACUCAGCUUCGAAGAAUUUCUGCAGCUUCCUGGAGGAGAAGGCCAUCACUCGAGUUAAGGAAGACUUCAAGAACAUCCGUGGUGACCUGUUCAAAGAGAGCGAGCGGCAGCUGUUAAAACACCUGGAGAAGGCCAGAGAUGGCUUCAAGAACAGCAUGUACUUCUUGCGUUUUGUUCAGUUCAAAUGGCUGGAAAGCCAGCCUGUUGAUGAGGAGUGGUUCAUGGACUUCAGGGUCCUGGGUAAAGGAGGUUUUGGGGAAGUGUUUGCUUGCCAGGCUAGAGCAACAGGCAAAAUGUACGCCAACAAGAAGCUGGAGAAAAAGAGGCUGAAGAACCGUAAAGGCUACGAGGGAGCAAUCGUGGAGAAGCGCAUCCUUGCAAAAGUUCACAGUCGCUUCAUUGUGUCGCUGGCUUAUGCCUUCCAGACCAAGACUGACCUCUGCCUAGUUAUGACCAUCAUGAAUGGUGGAGACCACAGGUUUCAUAUGUACAAUGUGGAUGAAAAAAAUCCUGGUUUUGAGUAGCAGAGAGCACGUUUCACCACAGCUCAGAUCAUCUGUGGGCUGGAGCACCUUCACCAGCACAGAAUCAUCUACAGAGACCUGAAACCAGAGAACGUACUGCUGGAUGAUGCAGGACACGUCCGCUUGUCAGAUUUGGGUCUGGCUGUUGAACUUCCACCAGGAAAAGAUAAAACUUCGGGAUAUGCAGGAACUCCAGGUUUCAUGGCUCCAGAGCUGAUCCAGAAGAAGGAGUAUGACUACACGGUGGACUAUUUUACUCUGGGAGUCACCCUGUUUGAGAUGAUUGCCGCCAAAGGGCCCUUUAGAGUACGAGGAGAGAAGGUUGAGAAUGAUGAGGUAGCUCGCAGAAUCUUGAAUGAUGCAGUUUCAUAUCCACAAAGCUUCAGCAAGGAGUGCAAGGAUAUUUGUGAAGGCCUAAUGGAGAAGGACCCAGCAAAACGCCUUAGAUUCAAAAACAAUGACUGCGAGGAGCUCAAAAAUCAAGACUUCUUCAAAGAUAUUAACUGGGGACGUCUGGAAGCAGGUAUGCUACCUCCUCCAUUUGUCCCUGACCCUAAGAUGGUCUAUGCCAAAGAUAUUAGCGAUGUGGGCGCCUUCAGCACAAUCAAAGGUGUCGUCCUGGAUAACAAGGACACCGAGUUCUACAAUGACUUUGCUUCUGGCAACGUCCCAAUCCCCUGGCAGGAGGAGAUGAUCGAGACAGGCGUGUUUGGAGAGAUGAAUAUCUGGGGAGAAAACGGCAAACUGCCCAACGACCUCGACCCAAACUACGUGGAAGCCAAAGGUGGAGGAUGUGUGCUCCUUUGAGUGGAAACAAAUAGAAACAGAGCAGAGGGAAGAACAUCUAUUUAGAUUUGGUAUGUGCUUAUUUGGUGCCACUUACUCAUACUCUGUUGGAAUAAAUUAAUAUUAUUUGUGUAUUUAUAUAUUAAUAUACAUAUUAUGUACCAUAUUUGUUAUAUUUAUAGUUUAACAGUAAAAGUGGCAGCAUGGUAAAAAAUACAUCACAGAUCUGAAAUAUUAUGUAACAAAAGUGUAAAUAUGGUUGCACUAAUAAUCUUUUUUUAGUAAGUACAGACAAAUUAAAAUAAAAUAUUUUAUAUAGAAACCACAUGCCAUGUUUAUAUAAUAAAUUGUUUGGACCAAAGAAAAGCCACUGUAUUGACAUUGUACCUUUAUAGAAUUAUUGUUUAUUUAUUUAUUAUAUAACAAAUAGUAUUUUAGUUAUUGUUAUGGCAAACAUUGUUGAUAGAAGAGUUAA